AAACGCAUUCGACGGUUUCCGCUUUGCGAGAUGUUGCUCACUCGUGCUUUAACCGCCAUCGUCUCCACGAAGUGCUGCAGCAGCAAUCAAGCGUUCCAACUUGGUGUCGCCUCGAAGUGGUCCUGUACUGCAGCUAUCAAUAAUAGUAGUGUGCAAUUUCUGCCGCAAACGCGUACCUUUGCCAAGAAAAUGACUUUGCCGCGUUGCUUUUUCGACAUGAGCGUGGGCAACCAGCCGGUUGGCCGGAUCGUUAUCGAGCUGCGUCCGGAUGUCGUCCCAAAGACGAGCGAAAACUUCCGCUGUCUGUGCACCGGCGAGAAGGGUUUCGGCUACAAGGGUUCGACCUUCCACCGUGUGAUCCCGAACUUCAUGUGCCAGGGUGGCGACUUCCAGAACCACAACGGUACCGGUGGUAAAUCCAUCUACGGCAACAAGUUCGAGGACGAAAACUUCAUCCUUAAGCACACCGGUCCGGGCAUCCUGUCGAUGGCGAACGCCGGCCCGAACACGAACGGUUCCCAGUUCUUCAUCACCACCGUGAAGACGGCCUGGUUGAACGAUCGUCACGUUGUGUUUGGCAGCGUCGUCGAGGGUAUGGACGUGGUGCGAAAGAUCGAGUCCGUCGGCUGCCACUCGGGCAAACCGUCGAAGCAGAUCGUUGUGGAGAACUGUGGUCAGCUAUAAAUCCAGUUUCUAUUACGUUUG